UGCUGAGAUCAGUAAUGCAACAUCAUUGCCAAGUGUAUCAGGAAGAAGCCUGUGACUGUUAUAUACACGCACACAUUUGGAAAGGUGGAUUGGAAUUCAGAAAGCAUCAUAAACAAUCUGGGAGGCAAAGGAAUAUUCUUACAUCAAAAUGCAAGGGAACUAAGGAAUUUAGAAAUAACAUCAGUAUUGGGCAAGGAUGUUUUACCCAGAAGAUAAAGGCUCCAGAUAAAUCUGCAAGGCAGGAAAAGCAGCAAGACCGCGACUCGAGGCUUCCUCUUCGGGUCGGAUUUUUUACAAUUAUUUUUUUUUCACCCACUUCCUUCCUGCUUUUAACUGCCAAAGCUCAAGUUGAAAGGAGAGAGCGCCGAGGGGAGCCUGGACAGAGCCGCUUGCAAAACCUUACCUAAAGAUUUAUAAGCCUCACCAGCUUUGUAAUUCUACUGGCUGGCAACUUCGUCUUCUGUGGCCAGGUGACCAUGACUGAGAAGGACCCAGAGGUGCAAGUGGAAGAAGAUGAUGACGAACUUGACAGUAAACUGAACUACAAGCCCCCUCCCCAAAAGACUCUUCAGGAAUUGCAGGAGCUGGACAAGGAUGAUGAGAGCCUUGCAAAGUACAAGAAGUCCCUGCUGGGGGAUGGCCCUGUGGUGGCAGACCCCACAACCCCCAAUGUGACCGUCACUCGGCUUACACUGGUAUGUAAUUCUGCGCCAGGGCCAAUCACCAUGGAUCUCACUGAAGAUCUUGAGGCUCUCAAGAAAAAGACUUAUGUGUUAAAGGAAGGUUCUGAAUACCGAAUCAAGAUCCAUUUUAAGGUAAAUAAUGAAAUAGUAUCUGGCUUGAAAUAUGUGCAGCACACUUACCGGACAAGUGUGAAGGUGGACAAAGCUACAUUCAUGGUUGGCAGCUAUGGGCCACGACAAGAGGAAUAUGAAUUCAUGACACCUCUUGAAGAGGCGCCCAAGGGCAUGAUGGCUCGAGGAACCUAUCACAACAAGUCGUUCUUCACCGAUGACGAUAAGCAUAACCAUCUUACCUGGGAAUGGAACUUGGCCAUUAAGAAGGAGUGGACAGAAUGAGGUCCUCCUUGUUUUUGCUGCUUUUUGCUUCCUCCUGCCUAUUGCGCUGUAUUAUUCCCAAUGUGCCAGUCCUUGGUGCCUGCAUUACUUACUUCAUCCAGCCUACCCAGAUCUUUUACUGUCGCAAGACAAUCUGUUAACACAGGCCUUUGGACAGACUGUCUCUCCUGCUGCUGCAGUGAAAAUAAUUGCGAGGAAUUAAAGCUAAGAUUGAAUGUCCUCUUUGCUAAUGGUUGCACAGGAUUUGUCCUUGAAGUGCCUUUGCUAGGAAGACAUGCCAUUCCAACCCUAGGGCUAUCAGGGCAAAUAGAUUGAGCCCCUCCCCCACCAUCAUGUAAAGAUAUUUUACUGUUAGCCUUUUCCUCACAGUCUGCAUUCACUGGAUACAUCUUUGCCUCUAGAUGGAUUCUAUUUUGAUUCAGGUUGAUUCCCCAUGGGGAAAUAUCCUGGGAUUUUCAUGUUAGACAUUCCAAUUCAAGGAGGGACUCCCCAUGGCUCCCAGGCCAAUUUUGGCUCUGUGCUGGCCCUGCCCUGCGAUAUCCUCCUCAUCCUGGGAUUUUCAAAAAUCGCCAGGAAGGAGGAUCUUUUUUGACGAUUUUGGGAUGAGGCUGGUAUUGUGGGGAAUCGUCCACUAUUAUCCUGGGUUAUUUUUCCCACCUUGAGUCUCCGUUCAAGCUGUCAGCCAGUCACAGCCCACAGUGGCCUGGGCAUGCUUAGAAUGGGUGACUCAGGGUAGGCAGGAACAUGCCUUUUUAAAAUCUUCUUGGAUACGAAGCUACGACCAUGCAAAGGAAAAAACUGGAAUGCACCUUUUUUGUGUGCUGUUCUUGGCCACGAAGCUCUAUUCUUUGUGAUGAUAAAGCUAUGUAGCUGUGACGAAAAAAUGAAACAAAAAAGGGAAUGCUUGUUCACGUUCCUGCCCCAAAGCAACAGCCAGUCAGAGAACUAGCAACAAAAGAGCCGCCGAGCUGAUCCCGGGCUCGUGGAAAGGAGGUGGAUGUUUUGAUCCCGGUUUCAACUCGAGACCUCUGCUGUGGUGGGGAGGGACAGACUGGGAUAAAGAGGUACUAGUAUUUUAUGGUCCCAGUCCAAUCCCAGGAUAUUUCCCCUGUGGGGAAUUGACCUCAUAUUGUUUAAGUGCAAUUCCCAAAACUGAAUUUGGAAAUAUUGCCUUCAAAGGCAACAGGAGACACAGUUUCUGUCCUGUCCUGUCACAGUUUCAGUGUCUUUGAAAAUAAAGCCAGUUUUGUUCUUUG